AUGUCGUGGAUUCGGUCGAAUCUGGCCAAGGUGGGCACGUUCGCAGGGUCCGUGGUGCAGAAGGCCGGAGAUGCCGUGGAGCGAGGCGCCAAGAUGGUGUACGAGCAGGCAGAGAGCGCUGUGGUGAGUUUCAGUGUGUGUUUUGUUUUUCUCCUGGCAGAGGUGGGAAUGUGUGCUAGGGGUUCCGUCGUCCAGAAGGCCGGAGAUGCCGUUGAGCGAGGCGCCAAGAUGGUGUACGAGCAGGCGGAGAGCGCUGUGGUGGGUCGGCCGCACAACAGCUUCCGCCAUGCAAUACGGCGGAUAGAGGAGGUGGCGUCGUUCGCACGCGGCAGCGAGCGCAAGGAGGCUCUGGCGCGCUGGCUGGCUGCGCUCUCAGACAUCCAGCAGGAGAACGACCGCCUUCAGGCGCAAUUCCAGAGGCGCAAGAAGAGGCAGGAGAAAGAGGAACGGAAGACGCAGGGAGGGAACCAGCAGGAGGAGGUGACAGCAGAGUCUGCUGCUAGUGCUGAAGGUUCUGCUGCUACUGGGGCUGCUGGGGCGGCUGCUGAAGCUGGCGCCAGUGAUGCUGGUGCUGCUGUGAGCUCAGGGCGAACGGAAGGAGUAGGAGCGGAGGGGGCAGUUGCUGACAGAGCUGAUGACGAAGGCAAGGAUCAUGCCAGUGUUACAGAGGGUAACCAGGCCAAAGAUGGGGAAGCAGAAGGUGUGGAGGCAGGAUUAUCAUCACAGGUACAGACCGAUGGGGCUCAGGGGAAGACGGAGUCAGUAGCAGCAGAAUCAGUUGGAAAAUCUAAGGAUGGGGUUGUGGGAGAUGGAGCAGAAGCGGAACCACAAGUAGGUAGCAAGUCAGCAGAAGCGGGUGAUAUCGCAGCAGCAGGAGAAGAAGCGGAGGAGGUGGCGUCGGUAGGGGAUGGAUCGUCACAAGAUGAGGGAGCACCGCCAUUGUCAAAGUCAGCAUCAACUGGACGGGCUUCCAUGGUUCUUUUUUAUGACCCAGACGCGGGCAACGAAGCCCUCAACUUCAGAGACGUAUUUCUGCGCUCCAGUGCUCUGGAGCUCAUAGUGGCGUCGAUGGUGGUGGCGCCGGGGGAUGAGGACGAGAUGGCGCUGCUGAGAGGGCUCUUCGGCCUCUGUCUGAACCUCUCCUCAACCCAGUGCAAUGAUCUGCUCGCAGCCCUGCAGUCACUUGGCUCCUCCCUCUCUGCUUACUCCGAACUCAAGCUGCCAAGUGAUGAUUUGGCCACGAUGGUAGCAGAGGCAAUUACAGGGUUGAAGGUCAACCCCGAGAUUGAAAGGGUUGACUUGGAGUCGUGUCGCUUGCAGCACCUCAUGGCUGAGGCUGCCUUGGUUGCCGCCUCUUUGCCUGCAGCACACCAGCGCUCCGCCGCCUCCAAUCCCUAUGCUGUAUCCCUUCCAUCUGUGUGCCCUCUCUCAUCCAUUCCUCCCCUUCCCAGGCUGGGGGACACGCCGGGGGAUAGGGCGCUGAAGGUGGAGCGGGUGAGCUGUCUGGCAGCGGAGCUGAGUGAGAGCAUGGAGGGGCUCCGGAGGAAGGCUGAGGAGUGCCGCCAGCAGCGCCAGGAGGCCCUGGCGUACCGCAGCAGCAAGGCGCAGGAGGCCCGCGAGGCCGAGAAGGUACUUCUUUCGGAGGCCCAGCAGGUGCAGAAGCGCAAGGAGGAGCUGGAGGAGGAGCUGAGGCGGGUGCAGGCGGCAUUGGACGGCGUGAAUCGGCGGCUAGUGAAGCUGGAGGAGGAGAAGGAGCUCUUCUCGCAGGCCAGCAGUGGGAUUGAGGCUCACUUAUCUUCAGAGGAGGAUUCCCUCACGCACUCCCUCUCUGAGCACGAGGAGGACGCCAAGGCGCUGUCAGAAUGGAAGCAGUUUCUGCAGCAGUCGUGGCAGCUGCAGCAGGCGAGCAUGGAGGGCAAGGAGCGACAGAUGAGGGAGGAGAUGAGUGACCGCAAGAGCCGGUUCUGGGAGAUGGCACAGGGCCAUGUCCGGCUCUGCAAGUCGGAGUUGGAAGCCUUUGGGCAGUCGGCCAAGUCGAUAGUGGAGCGGCUUGAUGGUAUCAGAGCCAAGAGGGAACAAGCAGAGAAGGAGGGCAAGGACGGGGCAGUGUCAGACAGCAAGCACAGAAGGCUGCAGUGGGAAGAACGAUACAUGGCAGCUGAGAUACAGGUGAAGCGGUGCAUUGGGGAGGCCGAGAUAGCCAUGCGGGAGAUCAGGGCCUGGCUGGACACUCUUCCCCCUAGUGAGGAUGCUCCAAAGCAGGCUCAAAUGCGCUCUCUUCUCGCUGAACUUGAGUCGCUCGUAGCUUCGGUCCGAGCCUCCGCCCGCCCGAGCCUGUCUCUGGACCACCCAACUGUGCUCCGCGUGCAGAGGCUCGGCAAGUCCCCUGACUCAUGGGCCUCUGCCGAAGCUGCUGCGGCAGGCAGAGGCUCGGCAUUCCCUGGUACGGUGGUCGUGGCCCCACUCUCAAGCUUUUCUGCUGCAAGCUCAACUGCUGCUGCUGCUUCCGCUCCUGCUGCUGCUUCUGCUGCUGUUGCUGGUACAAUGGCAGCAGCAGGAGCAGCAGAAAGGCCAGACAUGGCUGUUGCAGCUGCAGCACAGGCUACUGCUGGAACUACCGAGUCUGGUAAACUGUUGAAGAAGCCGGCGCUUGUUAUUGGAGGAUCAGCAGCAGCAGGGGCAGGUGGGGUUGCACCAACGGGAACUGAGGAAAAUGUCCCCCCUACCCCUUUUGUCAUUUCGGGUGGGAUCCGUCGUCCUGUAGCUCCAGGGUUCAAGGAUAAGCAAAGCAAGUCAAAGCUGCCGCCCACGGGUGGAAGUGGUUCAGUGCAGAGCAAGCAGGUGGAGGAGAGCAACGGAGGCAGGGAGGGCACUGGUGAAGAUAAGGGGGAGGAAGGCGGGUCUGAUGCUGCAGCUGAAGCAGAUUCUGCUGGGGAAUCAUAA